CUUGUCUCUGACAUGCGAAAGCCCGGUCUCACUGUUGUCGUACUUUUAUUGCUUCAUCCGUCAAAGGCCGUGAUAAACAUUUAACAGCGUGGGAUACCUACAAUUUAUUUGUAAUUAGUCUGAGUGUCGAGGCGAAGACUCGCACGGAUACUUACUAUCCACUUGGCGAGGAGGCGUAGUCCUAUGUGGCUGGCGGUACAGAAAGAUGUUUAACAAAACUUUUGGUGCCCCCUUUGGUGGCGGUGGAACGGGAGGAUUUGGUACAACUUCCACCUUUGGCCAACAGCAAACCACAAGUUUUGGAGCAGCGAGUGGGUUUGGAUCGUCCGCCUUUGGGGCCACUAAUGCCACAAGUGGUCUCUUUGGAGCAACACAGAACAAACCAGGAGGGGGGCUAAUACAACCGUCCACAGCUGUAGGUGGUAGAAGUCAAGGUGGGCUCUUUGGAUCGAGCACGUUCAGUCAGCCCGUCACUUCGUCCACCAGCAGUGGCUUUGGCUUCGGUGGCACCCCGAGCGGCGCGUCCAACAGCUUAUUUGGCAACGCCAGCACUGGAGGAGGUGGUCUCUUCUCCCAGCAGCAGCAGAGCAAUGCCUUCGGUGCCGCCAAACCCACCUCCUUUGGCACCUUCGGGACCAACACCAGCAGCAGUGGUGGGCUGUUUGGUGCUACGGCAAAUGCCACCGCAAACCCUUUUGGGGGCGCGUCUGGGGGUCUCUUCGGGGCAUCAAGUUUUACCGCCGCACAACAACAACAACCAGGGACAACGAUUAAAUUUAACCCACCAACAGGAAGUGACACUAUGGUGAAAGGCGGAGUUACGACCAGCAUCAACACAAAGCACCAGUGCAUCACGGCCAUGAAGGAAUACGAGAACAAAUCCUUAGAGGAACUUCGACUUGAGGAUUACCAGGCGGGCAGGAAGGGUCCCUCCAACACGUUGGCUGCGGGUGCUGCUGGAGGCCUCUUUGGGGGGGCAGCUGCCGCAGCUGCACCCAGCACAGCUGCUGCUGGACUCUUCGGCUCCACAGCAAGCAACACAGGCUUCUCUUUCGGAAACAAGACCACGUUUGGAGCCACCGGCGCGGGAGGGUUUGGCGCUGCGCCGUCGGGGAGUCUUUUUGGCGCACAGCAAGCUCCCCAGCAGCAGGCUGCCAGUCUUUUCAAACCAUUUGGUGGCGCCACAACAACACAACAGAACACCGGGUUCUCCUUUGGUAACACCAACACUUUGGGGCAACCCCAAACCAGCAGCAUGGGUCUGUUUGGUCCUAGUACAGCGGUUACCCAGGCGGGGGGGCUGUUUGGCAGCACUGCCCAGACCAGCACGGCUACGGGGUUUGGCGCUGGGUCGGGUCUCUUUGGACAGCCCAACGCUGGUGGAUUUGGUGCAGUGGGGACACAGAACUUGUUUGGUAACAAACCGGGUGGUUUUGGGGCAACGACAACGAGCGCGCCCUCUUUUGGGACUGGAACUGGCCUGUUUGGAAACAAACCCACACUGACACUUGGUACCAACACUAGUGUUGCCAACUUUGGAUUUGGUGCCAACCCUGCUGGAGGAAGCCUCUUUGGUAACAAAACCGUUGCGAGUGGGCUAGGCACAGGCCUUGGGGCAGGCUUUGGAGCAGCUGUUGGGACCGGUACAAGCUCACUCUUCGGCAACAACCAAAACAAGCUGGGUUCUACCCUGGGCACGGUAGGGGCGUUUGGGCCCUCUGCUUUCAACAGUGGCACUGGCACCCUGGGCCUGGGCGCUCCCCAACAGCCCGUGGCCCUCACAGAUCCCAGUGCAGCCGCCGCGCAGCAGGCAGUCCUGCAGCAGCAGAUCAACGCUCUGGCAUACUCUCCCUUCGGCGACUCGCCGCUCUUCAGAAACCCUCUGUCAGACCCCAACAAGAAAGAAGAGCGCCUGAAGCCCACCAAUCCUGCGGCUCAAAAGGCCUUGAUCACGACGACCCACUACAAACUGACUCCCAGACCUGCUACGCGGGUACGCCCCAAAGCACUCACCCCUUCUGGCACUUUGAAGUCAGUGCUGUUUGAUGGACUGGACGACGAUGAACCUUCCUUGACUAAUGGUACCUUUGUGCCCAGGAAGAACAUCAAAAAGUUGGUUUUGAAGAAUCUAUCAAGUAGCAACCUUUCAGCCGUGGAGAGAGACGUAGAUGACCUCGCAUCACCUCCCGAGUACCCACUAAGAAGUUUCGAGGGGUCAGAAGAAUUAAACCAAUCAGACGUGGUUGAGGAUUCGUCCGCAUUACCGGAAGCGCAGGACCAGCAGAGUAAUACCGUUUGCGAUUUCAACUUGCCUAAAGCGGCGCGUGAAGCGGAGGAGCGGAAUGAAGACAGCUCCUCGGAGCCCGCCAAUGACGACUCAAUGAGGGACGACGGGGUGCCACAGGAAGUCCAAGAGGAGGACGAACAAGACGCGCCGUGGUCCCCCCAUCCUGCAGGCAUCGUUCUCUCCCGCGUGGGUUACUAUACCAUCCCAUCUCUGGACGAGCUCAGCCGGAUGCUGAAUGAGAACGGCGAAUGUCUAGUGGAGAACUUCACCAUUGGAAGGAAAGGCUAUGGAUCAGUGUUCUUCCCUGGUACAGUGAAUCUGACCGAUGUGAAUCUGGAUGAAAUUGUGCACUUCAGGCGAAAGGAGAUAAUCAUCUAUCCUGAUGACAUGACAAAACCUGCAGUGGGUGAAGGCCUGAACAGACGAGCAGAAGUUACUCUUGAUGGCGUGUGGCCAAACGACAAGACGACCUGCAGCCAGAUCAGAAGUCCUGAUCGCUUGGUAGACAUGAACUACGAGGGGAGGCUGGAGGCCGCGUCCCGAAAACAAGGGGCAAGGUUCCUCGAAUACCGCCCAGAGACCGGCUCUUGGGUGUUUGAGGUUGCCCACUUCUCCAAGUAUGGGUUACAGGAUUCAGAUGAGGAAGAAGAAGUUCCUUCAAAAGUAGACUUGAAGAAAGCGAAAACUGGCCUUACUCCUCCAGCUACGGGGUUGCAGCCAGCUCCUCUCGCCCCUCAACCCCUGGCCGGGCAACAGGCUCAGAGCGUCCCUGAGCCUUUGGGUCACGUGUCGGAGAUGGACAGUGACAUGGCCGACAUCACCCAGGAGCCCGCUGGCGCUCUGGAGGACGAUGACUUCAUGAGCUCCCCUGCCAUGGAGCAGCAGCAGAUGAUCGACAGCGACAUCCUGGGCCAUCAAGCGCUCAUGUCAACGUCAUGCCAUAUCCCCUCCUCUAUGGGCAUCAACCCUCACACACUACAGAUCAUGAAGGCGUCUCUGUUUCUUGGAGAUGAUGAUGGAGACCCAUAUCAGCAAGAACCAUUAGAACAAAAGACAUACCCUUCGCAGGAAAAGAGAUUUGGAUUGAGUGGCGUGAAAGGCCUCUUGAGUCACCUUCAGGAAACAUCGUAUAAUCUCCCGCCGUCGUCAAAGCAGGCCAAGCAGCUGCUGCUGAGUCCCGACCCGUACGCAGCGCUCCUGUCAUCCGGCAGCCACGGCCUCGCACCACGCGCCUCCCCCGCCCCCGCCCCGGAGGCGGCCAUGCCCACAGUGGGCGCGCGCCACCUCGGGGCCCCCGUUCCCCUCGCUACCUCAGUGACUCAGGGGAAGUGCCGACUGCUGAUGGACGCAGCCUUGUUCCACGGCCGCUCGUUCCGCGUGGGGUGGGGCCCGGGCUGGAAGCUGGUCCACAGCGGCCAGGUCUUGUCUGGUCACGGCGGCGGAGCUUCGCCGGACGUCGCUGCCAAGGAUCCACUCCAACUGGACAGCUUCUCGGCUAGACCCACCACAUCCAAGAACAACCCCUUUCAAGUCCACGUGGAGGAGGUGGUGAGUCUAGAAUCCUCAGAGUCUGAGGUGAAUCAGCUGUUGUAUCUGCAUCCGCUGGACAUCAGCCUGAAGCACAGCACCGUCACCACAGACGGGCCCUGCCCCUUCAUCCAGCCCAACGCAGGCGUACAGGCACUUCACGAGUUCGCCCAGUGGAUCACAGGGGUCAUUGAAGACGGGGACAGGAACGAUGUGCUGAGCCAUUGGCUUCAAGUCUGGAUGCUGUGCAAAGCAUUGUGGGGCCGUCUGAGUGAGAGCGGUGAUGACCUCCACAUGGAGCAAGGUGGCGGCGCCGGCUCUUACAAGCACCAGCUGGAGCGACGCCAGCGUUUCUCCGAGUGGCUGUCGAGUGCCGCGGAGAUCCGCAUUUCCCAGGAGGUGGGAGGGGCGGCGCAGGGCAGCUCGACGGAGACGAUAUUCAGCUACCUGACCGGAUACAAGAUCAGUCAAGCCUGCAAGCUGGCACAGCAGAGCGGGGACCAUCGUCUGUCUCUGCUGCUGUCCCAGGCUGCCGGCCUGCCCUUCAACCAGGAGCUCCUGGCCCUGCAGCUCACCGACUGGAACCGCAUGCAGACCGACUCUUGUUUGCAGGAAGAGAGACUUCGCAUCUAUGCUUUACUGGCUGGUAAACCGGUGUGGCAGUCUACAAACAGCUGUGUGAAUGUUUGCGCUGAACUAGACUGGCAGCGCUGUGUUGCGGUGCACUUGUGGUACAUGCUGCCUCCCACCGCCUCCGUUUCUGAUGCACUCUUGAAAUACGAGCAUGCCUUUCAGGGCUCUUGUGAUGGGCUAAAAUAUGCUUGUGCUCCGCUGCCUCCAUAUCUUGAGAGUGGUGACCCUGAGGAGAUGGAGGAGAGUGGGAUGAAGAUCCCGGUGUAUGACAUAUGCUUCCAUUUAUUAAAACUCUACUGUGACCGACAUCAUAACCUGCAGCACCUGCUAGAUCCCAGCACAGUAACUGUCCAGCGGCUCGACUACCGUUUGUGUUGGCACCUGUGGAACGUCCUGCAGGCAUUAAACUACACCCACCUGUCGCCAGAGUGCCAAGCUCACCUUCACACCAGCUACGCAGCCCAGCUGGAGAGCGCAGGCCACUGGGACUUGGCCAUAUUCGUGUUGCUGCAUAUAUCCAACUCCAUGCAACGCGAGCGAGCGGUGCGCGAGAUGCUGUGCACUUACUGCUCACUACUGGAAUCGGAGGAUUCCGCUGAGAAAGAGAAUUUCCUCCAGGAGAGACUGCUGAUCCCGGCACAGUGGAUUCACGAGGCCAAGGCCGUCCGCGCCCGCCACAUCUCCGACAGACACCAAGAGGCGCUGCACCUUUACCAUGCCAACAGCUGGAGCCAGUGCCACCGCUUGGUCAUUCACCAUCUCGCCGCUGAUGGCAUCAUAAACGACAACCACGAAUACCUGCUGCACCUCCUGGAAGGUCUCGCCGUGCCAGAGCGGCAUGCUCAGAUACAAGACUGGGACAUUUCUGGGAAAGUGUUUCUGGACUACAUCCACGUCAUCCAAACACUGCAGUCCAUCCAGCAGAUGGAGGGGCCUGGGUAUCAGCUGGAAAGACUCUACACUGAGGUGACGUCACUAUGCAGCAGAAUUGAACUCCUCCAGUGUGCUUCAGCUAAGGACAGGCUUGCACAGUCAGAAAUGGCCAAACGUGUGGCCAACAUCCUGCGUGCCGUUCUGACUCUGCAGCAGGGGGUAGAUGCCUCGUCAGACGCCCUCUCCAUCCCCUUGUGUUGCCUGGCACCCCACAUCGGCCGGCUGCCUAUGCCUGAAGACUACGCUCUCGAAGAACUCCGGAGUCUCACCCAGUCAUACCUGCGGGAGCUUAUUUUGAGCUAGUGAAGAAAAAAAAAAAGUGGUGCAAUCCACUGUGUGUUUGUUCAAGAAAAAUGGAGGAUUUGAUUUUAGUAGAAGCUUGUGGUCCAAGCAGCACUCGCUAUGACCUUUUUCAGAAAAUAUUGUGGAGUACUGAAAAGGUAAUGUGUUUCAAACUCUACAUUCCAUUCUGUAUGAUUGCAGUCCCUGUUUGUAAGCAUAAUGAGAGUGUUUGUGGUGUUAAAACUGCAGAUGAAUUCUACAAUCCUAAAAAAGAGAAGAAACAAUCUGUUUAGACCGCAACUGGUUUUUACCCUUAAUGGGGGCAGGGCAGAUCUGGUAGAUUGUAUCCGCCAAGUAUGUUUCAGCUUUGCUGGAGACCCUUCUCUGCCCGUUACAUUGUGUUGUCAUGGAAACGUGCGGGGAGUCCUGAUACUCUACAUGAUUGUAUGAGGUGUUGCGCCGAUGUGCGGGUGUUUCAGAUGGGGUUUGUAGCUGGGUUUCAUUUUCUCUGUAUGUUAUUGAUUUUGUGUACCAAACAAUAUAGCAUUGCAGAAUGCAAGUAAUAUUUCUAUUUUUGUAAGUUUUAAAAUGUAUAAAAAAAAUAGAAUUACAGCAGACUUGGUGUGUAAUUGUGCCAAAACGCACAGCUGGAACACUUUCCUUCCACCAGUUGACUCUUUUCUAUAAGCACACCUUAUUUUUGUCCUGCUAUUUUUUUCUGUUUGUUUAGUUUGUCCAAAAAAACUCCUUAUUGAAUUUUUUGAAAGCUGUUAUCCACAAUAGCUAAAUCAUUGCUGCCCUUUUCCCUCAUUAAAACCAUGAAUAAAAUAUUUUUCGCUCUUGAAAA